AUGUCAGAAGUCACUGAGGGGGAUGGCGAGAAGGCGAGAAGGCAAGAAGCGGAGGCCCAGAAGAUUAACAAUGGCUCAAGCCAGGCGGACGGCACUCUCAAACCAGUGGACGAAAAAGAGGAGGCGGUGGCAGCCGAGGUCGGCUGGAUGACCUCCGUGAAAGACUGGGCGGGGGUGAUGAUAUCUGCCCAGACACUGACCGGCAGAGUCCUGGUGGUGUUAGUCUUUGCUCUCAGCAUUGGUGCACUUGUAAUAUACUUCAUAGAUUCGUCAAACCCAAUAGAAUCCUGCCAGAAUUUCUACAAAGAUUUCACAUUACAGAUCGACAUGGCUUUCAACGUGUUCUUCCUUCUCUACUUUGGCUUGCGGUUUAUUGCAGCCAAUGAUAAGCUGUGGUUCUGGCUGGAAGUGAACUCUGUAGUAGAUUUCUUCACGGUCCCCCCCGUGUUUGUGUCUGUGUACUUAAACAGAAGUUGGCUUGGUUUGAGAUUUUUAAGAGCUCUCAGGCUGAUCCAGUUUUCAGAAAUUUUGCAGUUUCUGAAUAUCCUGAAAACAAGUAAUUCCAUCAAGCUGGUGAAUCUGCUCUCCAUAUUUAUCAGCACAUGGCUAACAGCAGCCGGGUUCAUCCAUUUGGUGGAGAAUUCAGGGGACCCAUGGGAAAAUUUCCAAAACAACCAGGCUCUUACCUACUGGGAAUGUGUCUAUUUGCUCAUGGUGACCAUGUCCACUGUUGGUUACGGGGACGUUUAUGCAAAAACCACGCUCGGGCGUCUCUUCAUGGUCUUCUUCAUCCUCGGGGGACUGGCCAUGUUUGCCAGCUACGUCCCUGAAAUCAUAGAGUUAAUAGGAAACCGCAAGAAAUACGGGGGCUCCUAUAGUGCGGUUAGUGGAAGAAAGCACAUUGUGGUCUGUGGACACAUCACGCUGGAGAGCGUUUCCAACUUCCUGAAGGACUUUCUGCACAAGGACCGGGAUGAUGUCAACGUGGAGAUUGUCUUUCUUCACAACAUUUCCCCUAACCUGGAGCUUGAAGCUCUGUUCAAACGACAUUUUACUCAGGUGGAAUUUUAUCAGGGUUCAGUCCUCAAUCCACACGAUCUUGCGAGAGUCAAGAUAGAGUCAGCAGACGCAUGCCUAAUCCUUGCCAAUAAGUACUGCGCAGACCCCGAUGCUGAAGAUGCCUCCAACAUCAUGAGAGUCAUCUCCAUAAAGAACUACCACCCGAAGAUAAGAAUAAUCACUCAGAUGCUGCAGUAUCAUAACAAGGCCCAUCUGCUAAACAUCCCAAGCUGGAAUUGGAAAGAGGGGGAUGAUGCAAUCUGCCUCGCAGAGCUGAAGCUGGGGUUCAUCGCCCAGAGCUGCCUGGCUCAAGGCCUCUCCACCAUGCUUGCCAACCUCUUCUCCAUGAGGUCAUUCAUAAAGAUUGAGGAAGACACGUGGCAGAAAUACUACUUGGAAGGAGUCUCAAAUGAAAUGUACACAGAAUAUCUCUCCAGUGCCUUCGUGGGUCUGUCCUUCCCUACUGUUUGUGAGCUGUGUUUUGUGAAGCUCAAGCUUCUGAUGAUAGCUAUUGAGUACAAGUCUGCCAACCGAGAGAGCCGAAGCCGAAAGCGUAUAUUAAUUAAUCCUGGAAACCACCUUAAGAUCCAAGAAGGUACUUUAGGAUUUUUCAUCGCAAGCGAUGCCAAAGAAGUUAAAAGGGCAUUUUUUUACUGCAAGGCCUGUCAUGAUGACAUCACGGAUCCCAAAAGAAUAAAAAAAUGCGGCUGCAAGCGGCUUGAAGAUGAGCAGCCGUCAACACUGUCACCCAAAAAAAAGCAGCGCAACGGAGGCAUGCGGAACUCACCCAGCUCUUCGCCCAAGCUGAUGAGGCAUGACCCCUUGUUAAUUCCCGGCAAUGACCAGAUUGACAACAUGGACUCCAACGUGAAGAAGUAUGACUCUACUGGGAUGUUUCACUGGUGUGCACCCAAGGAGAUAGAGAAAGUCAUCCUGACUCGAAGUGAAGCCGCCAUGACCGUCCUGAGUGGCCACGUGGUGGUCUGCAUCUUUGGUGAUGUCAGUUCAGCCCUGAUUGGCCUCCGGAACCUGGUGAUGCCACUCCGUGCCAGCAACUUUCACUACCACGAGCUCAAGCACAUUGUGUUUGUGGGUUCCAUUGAGUACCUCAAGCGGGAAUGGGAGACUCUUCAUAACUUCCCCAAAGUGUCCAUAUUGCCUGGUACGCCGUUAAGUCGGGCUGAUUUAAGGGCCGUCAACAUCAACCUCUGUGACAUGUGCGUUAUCCUGUCAGCCAAUCAGAAUAAUAUUGAUGACACUUCGCUGCAGGACAAGGAAUGCAUCUUGGCGUCACUCAACAUCAAAUCUAUGCAGUUUGAUGACAGCAUCGGGGUCUUGCAGGCUAAUUCCCAAGGGUUCACACCUCCAGGAAUGGACAGAUCCUCUCCGGAUAACAGCCCAGUACAUGGGAUGUUACGCCAGCCCUCCAUCACAACUGGAGUCAACAUCCCCAUCAUCACUGAACUAGUGAACGAUACUAAUGUUCAGUUUUUGGACCAAGAUGAUGACGAUGACCCCGACACGGAGCUGUACCUCACGCAGCCGUUUGCAUGUGGGACAGCGUUUGCCGUCAGCGUCCUGGAUUCACUCAUGAGCGCGACAUACUUCAAUGACAACAUCCUCACCCUGAUACGGACCCUGGUGACCGGAGGAGCCACGCCGGAGCUGGAGGCUCUGAUUGCCGAGGAGAAUGCACUGCGCGGGGGCUACAGCACCCCCCAGACGCUGGCCAAUAGGGACCGCUGCCGCGUGGCCCAGUUAGCACUUCUGGACGGGCCCUUUGCGGACCUGGGGGAUGGUGGUUGUUAUGGUGAUCUGUUCUGCAAAGCUCUGAAAACAUAUAAUAUGCUUUGUUUUGGAAUUUAUCGGCUGAGAGAUGCUCACCUCAGCACCCCCAGCCAAUGCACGAAGAGGUAUGUCAUCACCAACCCCCCGUACGAGUUUGAGCUCGUGCCGACGGACCUGAUCUUCUGCUUAAUGCAGUUUGACCACAACGCCGGCCAGUCCCGGGCCAGCCUCUCCCAUUCCUCCCACUCGUCCCAGUCCUCCAGCAAGAAGAGCUCCUCCGUUCACUCCAUCCCAUCCACAGCAAACCGACAGAACCGGCCCAAGUCCCGGGAGUCCCGAGACAAACAGAACAGAAAAGAAAUGGUUUACAGAUGA